AUGCAUAAUUUCAACCCAGAUACUAAUCAUGAACUCCAGACUCUGGCCAUCACCAAGAAGCAAGACCUAAUGGGCGAACCCUUAUCAAAACAACGAAGAAAGCGAUAUCGACAGCGACAGCGACAAAAGGCCAAGAUACAGAAAGCCAAGAUGGCCGAACAGGGCGGCGUCACUCAAGAAAUAAUUAUUCCUGGACAGGAAGUCGUCACCCAAGAUGUAUUCAGUUCUGUCGAGGGCGCGAAUGAAAAUAAAUACAGGCCAACUUUCCUACCAGAGCCUCUCAUUCCUAGAACCUGUGAGUAUAAGUCCUACAACGUUACUUAUUUUGCCCUUCUUGCACUGAGAGCUGACAUAACGGCAGGCUCUGAGAAUGGUCGAAAGCUGGCUGUUUUUGCCAAUGUAUUAAGAUCGAUCUACCAGCGCCGUGAUUGCGUGGAUGUUGAAAUAAAUAUUCUCGGAGCUCAGCUCGCUGCCCUGGAAGUGCGGUUGAACGCCGUUCAAAAAGAAGAAAGGGACCUUUUUGGGUUGUAUCUCAGAGAAUUUUCUGAAGAAGCACGCUACCUGUGCAGAGCGCCAUCAGAACCUGCAAGCGACAAAUGA